CCUAUGUUGCGGACAGUUGGGAAAAUGCAUGGAAGCAACCAGAGUGGAGUCUCCGAGUUUCUGCUCCUGGGGAUCUCGGAGAGUCCUGAGCAGCAGCGGAUCCUAUUCUGGAUGUUCCUGUCCAUGUACCUGGUCACAGUGGUGGGAAAUGUGCUCAUCAUCCUGGCCAUCAGCUUUGAUCCCCGCUUGCACACUCCCAUGUACUUCUUCCUGGCCAACCUCUCCUUCACCGACCUCUUCUUCGUCACCAACACAAUCCCCAAGAUGCUGGUGAGCCUUCAGUCUCAGAACAAAGCCAUCUCCUAUGCGGGGUGUCUGACGCAGCUCUACUUCCUCGUCUCCUUGGUGGCCCUGGACAACCUCAUCCUGGCCGCAAUGGCAUAUGACCGCUAUGUGGCCAUCUGCCGCCCCCUCCAUUACACCACGGCCAUGAGCCCUGGACUCUGCAUUUUGCUCCUCACCUUGUGUUGGGCACUUUCCGUCCUCUAUGGCCUCACCCACACCCUCCUCAUGACCAGGGUGACCUUCUGUGGUUCCCGGAAGAUCCACUACAUCUUCUGUGAGAUGUAUGUCCUGCUGAGGCUCGCGUGUUCUAACACCCAAGUCAAUCACAUGGUGCUGAUUGCCACAGGCUGCUUUAUCUUCCUUACCCCCUUAGGAUUUAUGAUCAUGUCCUAUGUCCGGAUUGUCAGAACUAUUCUCCAAAUACUCUCAGUGACUGGGAAGUACAAAGCCUUCUCCACCUGUGCCUCACAUUUGGCUGUGGUCUCCCUCUUCUAUGGGACACUUGGUAUGGUAUAUCUGCAGCCCCUCCAAACUUACUCCAUGAAGGACUCAGUAGCCACAGUGAUGUAUGCUGUGGUGACCCCCAUGAUGAACCCUUUCAUCUACAGCCUGAGGAACAAGGACAUGCAUGGGGCUCUGGGAAGACUGCUCCUAGGGAAAGCCUUCCAGAGGUUGACAUGAGGUAAUAUGGGGCAUUGAAGUGGAGACUGGGAAUUUCCUCUACCAUGUGCAAAGCAUUAUCCUAUGGGAGACACAUAAGUGAGUGGGACAUAGCUCCAGCUCAGAAUAAGCUCAUAUAUCUGUGAUGAAGAAAAGACACCUACAUGUAACCCAGAGUUCCCCAGACCUCACCAGCCUUGGCAAUAAAUAAGGUUAUGCUAACAUGAAUACUUGAAUUUUCAAGGAUCCUGACCAUAGGAUCACAGUGCCACCC